AUGGGGUACGCAUUAAUAAUGAAUGGAAAACAAGAAUGAAUGGAAGACAACCGAGAAGAUUCAGGGAGCGAGAAAUUCGCUUGUUACUGCAAGACCAUCAGAUAACAUUAUGGAACAUUUACCUCAGAUCUGAAUUCAUUCUUUAUUACCGAAUGUGUUAAUUUUUUUAGCACUGUUUUAUUUUCUUUCAUUUUGCUAGACUUAUUUUGAUGCGAUUCACUUAUUUCACUUAACAACUGAGAGGCGGUUUAACCUUUAACCUUGAGAAUCUGAUUGGACAUCAUUGAAGAACAAUACAGGAGAGGAAAAUGGCAAAAGCAAACAAAGAUGAUUUUCAACUUGUUCUUCAAAAAGCUGGCAAAACUAGAGUUGAAUGGGGCUCUGACAUCACUGUGCCAUGUCACCUGUCACCUGAAAUCAGUGCUGUCGACAUGGAGAUCAGGUGGUUUAAAGAGACAGACUGUGUGUGUCUCUAUAAGAACAGACAGAUGUUUGAGGGGAGGGGCUACAAGGGCAGAGUGAGUCUGUUUACUGAGGAGCUGGACAGAGGAAAUGUGUCCUUACAACUGCAAGACUUCGGACGGUCAGAUGUGGGAGAUUACCUGUGUCAGGUCACCCGUACGGACAGAACAGAGGAGAUAACAAUACGAGUAGGAUUGUUACAGGGUGGCUUUAGGAACAGAAACACACUAAAAGGAGCACUAGUUGGAGCAGCAGUAGCAGUAGCAGCAGGUGCAGCAGUAGCAGGUCCAGCAGCAGCAGCAGCAGCAGCAGCAGCAGUAGCAGUAGCAGGUCCAGCAGCAGCAGGAGCAGCAGCAGGAGCAGCAGGAGCAUAUUUCUUCAAACCAGAAAUCAACUUGACAACUGAUAUGAUACACAAAACAUGGAGUAAAAAAGAGAGAAUGAAAAUGACAGAAUCUUCUCUUUUGCCAGAAAGAAGAAACAGCAAAGAGAGUCCUCCAGAUAUGUCUGUAAAACCAACACAAAAGCAAAAGUGAAGAUGUGGAACAACACUAAGUUUCUGAUCUUCCAAUCAGAGAAGUCUCAAUCUAGCACAGAGACACUGAGCAGCCAGAGGAAAGGCCAAACCCUGCGUAGAGAGGCUCUGGGAAUAUGGAGUGGAAUGUGUGUAAGUGUGUCAGUCUGUUUUUGUCAGAGACACUGUAGAAA